CUCUGUACAUUGAUGUGGUCACACAUUGAAGGUUAUUUUGACCAGCUUCAAUAAUAGUAUUCAUACAUUGAUAGUAAUAACCUCUCUAAUAGUUCUUUUUAUUAUCAUCUAAUGAUCCAUGAAAUAAUGAAUCCAGAUGACACCUUCUUGUAUUUGAUAUAAAAGUUGGGAGUGUUUCUACACCCUACACAGUUCUAUCAACUUACCAUACACAGAAUCAUCUCAACUAUAAUAGACGACAUGGCACCUUUAAUGUUACUCAUGAUUGUUGGUUUGGCUUCAGUUUAUGGAGUUCAGAGUGAGAGUGUUUUGAGUAAAGAAGUUGAUUUUUUCAAGAAUUUGUUCCGUCCCAGAGUUGCAGAGGAAAAAGCUUGUACAGAUUGUCUGAAAUUUAUCGGUGAUAUCAAAACUGUCAUGGCCAGUCAACCUUUCGCUGCUCAAAUAGCUUCCCAGGUAGAUAUGGGAUGUGCUUUAGUUGGUUCUGUUGAGGCCCAGUGUAAACAAAUGGUAACUGCUUUGAUUCAUUCAGCUUUAACUUUUGUAUCCAACUUCGCCAACCCACAAAUAACCUGUGAUAUGCUGGCUUUCUGUUUACCAACUCCUCCACCUAAACAACUUCAAUGGUAGAUGAUAAGUGAUAAAACUAGAGAGAAGAGAAUGAUAAUUUGUGAACCAGGAUAAUGUUAUAUGGACUAUGAGAUAAAUAAACUUUAUAUUUAUUAUAAAAUAUAGAUUCUAGACAUAAUUAUAAAAAUAGCUGUAUAUUGUAAAUAAAUUUUUGAAGCAAGUAAUUAAUGUAACCUAAGUUAUAAGGAUCGAGCCAUUCGCUUGACGUAGUGAUUCUUUUACCGAAACAUCUGUAUUCCAGCCUCUGAUAGCUAUAUUAAAGUGAUACUAGGUCUUAGAAUGAACAUAAAAUUUAAUUCUCAAGAAUGGUCAAUAUGAGUAUAUAUUCAUCAGUGACCUUACCUGGUGUCAUACAGAAUCCCUAUAAAAUCUAUAAUUAUAAUUUUGACGUUCGAUAAAUCUGACGUACGAUAAAUCCUAAAUAUUUCAAUGUCAAGUGGUGGUGAUAUAAAACUUCACGAUGACGAUACCGAGAAAUUCACUUCUUUGGUCUUUGGAAUAGAUCCCUAUGUGAUAAGACUAAUUAGUCAUAUAAAGACUUAAAAGUUAUCGAGAACAUCUGGGAAUCGAUAAACAAAGCCAUGGACAAAAUUUUGCGUUACAGGUACAGCUACAUUGAAAAAACACUUUGAAGAAAAUUUAAACAUAUAUCACAUUUUAAGUUAGAAAAUUCCUCAGGCGCCUUAAAGUUUUUAAAGGCUUCGUACUUUAAAGCGUGACUUAAAAUGAAAUAAAAAAUUUCA